UUACAUCUUUCUGAAGACGGCAGAUAAAUCUCAACACCGUUAGAGCACCAACGAAUACACAAAACCCGGUCUUCUUCUACAGGCCAUCGUUUCUUUUGUCUUUCUCUGUGUCCAGUAAGGCACAUUUUCUUCAAGCUGAAGAUUUCUCUGACAGGUGGGAUGAAAUGCACAUUCUAUAAGCGAUACAGUAUGUCGUUUAAUCUCUUUUACGGCUUUCGAGUUUUUCAGCUUUUCAAAAACAUUUUGCAUCGUAUCUUGUGUUGACAUCGAGAUUCAUCAUUUAAUGAUAACAUUUUUAUAUGCCAGAAAGUAUUUAGAUUUUUGAUAGCCAAAAUGUACGAUUCCAGAACACAAGUGUUUAUGAUUUUCUUUUCAUUUUUCAAUCGAGCAGUUUAGUUUAAUAGCAUGUGACUGCUGUUCAAAGUGUGAUUCGAUGCUGUUUAAAAAUGAUUCGUAACUAACUAUUAAGUUAAUAAAAGUUUUGUGCCUGCAGGUAAUCCUGCAUUCAUAAAUGAAUGAACGUUUCAUGUGAUACUUUGGAUCUUUGGAUUUUCCAAGGCACAGUACUUUGAUGACUUUUGCAAAACUCUUCACACAGUUCUCCUAACUAACUUUCAACUUGGCACAGCAGUUCAUUUCAAAAUCAAAACACUUCGUAUGUCUCAGAUCAGCACAUUAAAGCAAAGGUUUUCACCCAACAAACACACAUUGUCACUUAUAAAACACAGACCUAAAAAACACUAACUAACAUUAUACAGUGUUUCCUUUUGUAUUUUGUUUUACAAAACAGGAAUGACUCUCCCUACUGUUUACAAUUCACUGCAUGUUACACAUUUGAAGUUUAGCAAAUGAUUUAUUCCAAAUGGUUCAUUUAGCUGAUUUUUGUGCCAUGCUGGAAAUAUACAUUUUAAUGUUUUUAUAUAUAUAAAAGAGGACUUGCGAAUGUUCUCCCCAAUGGAAAAUACACAUCUUCGGACCAUGAUUAAAAAUUACACAAAAAAUAAUCAUAUUGACUUAUGUGAUAUUUUGUCUUUUGCGUGUUUCAGAUAAUGGGCGAGUUUCACUGAAUGAUGAAGAAUAUGUCCCAUCCGCUGUUUAUUUUGUUCUUUCUACUGAGACUCUUGUGUGGUGAAUUUUAAACUUUAAUUCAAUAGCGUUUGCCCACAAAUCUUCUGUAUGUUUGUGUCCCCCGGAUAUUUUUUUCUUUUAUUAUUUUACUGUAUUAUUUACAGUUUGUAUAACAUGAUUUCUGUCUGUGUUUCAGAUGUGUCUAGCGAUGGAGUGCAGACAGGAAUGGUCAACUCUCAUGAUACUGAGAUCCCAGAGAUUACCAGAGAUUAUUUAAUUGGAUCAAAAUGUGCCGUGGUGUGUUCAGUGUCGAGUGUGUCGCAGGCGAAUCUCACGUGGUAUAACGGAAGCAAUUUAUACUCCAGCGUCAUGAUUUCUGAUUUCAACACCAAACUCUACUUAGAGGUGGAACAUCAGGAUAAAAGCAACUACAGCUGCGUGCUGUCCAGUACACACAUCAAUAGCAUUAUAUAUUUAAACGUUUCCCGUCUGUGUCAGUCAUGUUCAGGUGGAACAAUAAAAAUGAUGCCAGUGAGUGAUGGAGAGUCGGUCACUUUAUCCACAAACCUUAAGGAAAGACAAAAAGACAUGCAGUGGUAUUAUUAUGAAAACUCGUUUAUCUGGAAACUUCUUGAAAACACGACUAUAUACCAUAAGCAUGAUGAUGGUAGAUUCACAAACAAACUGCAGGUGGACAAUAACACUGGAUCUCUUACCAUCAACAACAUCCGUGAAAUAAAUGCAGGGCUCUUUCUACUGAUCACUUAUAAACCACUCAUGGAUCAACUAUGUUAUAAAGUUACUGUGAACGAUCAUCUGCCUGUUCCUGUCAUCACCAGAAACUCUUCUCAAUGUUCUUCAUCAUCAGAAAGAUCUUCAGUGUCAAAAUGUGUGUUGUUGUGUUCAGUGAUGAAUGUGACACAUGUGAGUCUCUCCUGGUACAAAGGAAAGAGUUUAUUGUCCAGCAUCAGUGUGUCUGAUCUCAUCAUCAGUCUCUCUCUACAUCUGGAGGUGGAAUUUCAGGAUACAAACACAUACAGAUGUGUCAUCAAAAGUUCAUUUUCCAACAAAACUACACAACUCAACUUCAAUGAACUAUGUAAAGAUCACCAGCAAUCAAAUGUUAUUGCUUUUGUUGGUGUUGCUCUUGCUGUUGUUGCUGUUGCUGCUUGUGUUCUGUUGAUCUGGUGGAAAAGGAAAUUUCCACGUCAAAAGGGCAACUACCAUCUGGCUACAUAUGCCAGUGCAGAACACGAUGUGGUCAGAUUUGUUGCUGCACAAGCAAAUGGUUGAUGCUUUACACCUUCACAGUACAUUUUUACAGUGUAAACCAUUGAAUGUCAAAUUACCUCAUUUAAUGCAGUGUGUGUUUAUGUAACAGGGGCAUCUGCACAGGACACAUCAGACAACAGACCUAAUGAGGAGUCACGUUUGAUCACAUCAUUAUCACAGGAGAACAUGCCCUCAAAUCAACAUUGCUGCUUUUAGUUAGAAUUUUGUUUCUGAUAACGAUGUAUCCACAAAAACAGUUGUACACUGAGAACAUCUGAGUACAUUUAUGUUGCACUUAUUUAUGUAUAUCAAGAACAAGUCAACAAACAUAAGCGGGGCAUAUACUGCUCAUAUAUAUCAUGCGUCUAUGUGUGUUUUUUCAUUUGUACUGUUCUUUUUUGUAUGCUUUGAGUUUGUUUUAUUUCUUCGUUCACGUUAGACAGUUUUAUGCAAAAACGGCUGUGUGAAAUAAAAAUGAUUGUGAUAAUGAAAAUACACGUAAUGAGCUGUACACAGACUUCUAUUCUCGUCUAUGCACAUCACUGUAUUUAAAUGC